UUGCCCGUGUCUGCAAACCGCUAGUUUUCUGCUACUCGGUUGAAUGGACUAGUAAUUUAAAUUUUUGCCCGGUCGGGAAUGUAAUCGUAUUACGAACCAGUUGGCCGUUGGCGUUGGUUAGCGUGUAACGUACCGUUCGCGUCGCUCCCGUUUCAGAAAAAUAUAGUGUUUUACUGAGUUUUCAUACCGAUUUAUUGUUGUUAUUGUGCCCGUGCAUAACCGUGAUCCGCGUCAACAAAUCGUCGUAUAAACCGUGUAGCGUUCUCGUUAAAUUUUUUGAUUUUGUACGUCGUCGUCGCGUUAAUUUUAAUAAUUCAGUCGAAGUGAGUUCAUUAUAAUUUAUUUUUAGUGGUAUGUCAUCUUCGUUCUCGUCGCAGACGAAUCGUACAUUUGGAAUACUUAAUAAUAUGUACUCACCGAAAAAUGAAUGUGACCAUUGUUAAUGUCGUUCAUCAUUCACGGGGUGAAAGUCGGCAUAUAUGAUUUUAUGGCCGAAGUGGCAACGAACGACAAGUUUUCCGGUCUAUACAUCAGCAAGUAUGGGGACGGCGGAAAGCUGCAGCAGCAUCAGCAACAGCAACAGCAGCAACAGCAACAACAUCAACACGAGCAGCAGCAUCAGCACGAGCAGCACUCUCGGGAUGACGGCUGCUGCGGCGCGGCCGUCGGCUACGAGAACCUGGACUCAUACAUUGAGUGCGCCGACUCGUUGGCCAAAUGCGGCCGGGUGUGCGAGUCGCUGGACCUGUACGCCCGGUGCUUCCGGUUGGGCCCACUGCCAGCCAGCUUUCUGUGGCACGUGACGUCCGCGUUCCUCGAACUCAUCCGGCUGCAGGUCUCCGACGGCCACCCCACGGGCCCGGCCGCGUCGUCGCAACAGUGCCCGACCCCUGCGCACCAGUCCUCGUUGACGUCGCACCGCGGCCAUCAGCCGCAUGACCCGCGGACCGGUCCGUUCGAGUGCGGCGCUUGCGGCAUGGUGCUUCGGGACCCGGUCACGUUGCUGUGUGGCCACACGUUUUGCCGCCGGUGUGCAGUCGGUGGCAAGCCGCUGGUGUGCCACAGGUGCGGCCUGUCCACGCCGUAUCAGCCGCACUCGAACGUGCUGGUCAAGUCGCUGGUCGAGAAACUUUGGUCGGUGCAUUUACGCUCCUCCGAGCUGUUAGACGAGGGUAAGGCGCUGUACAGACAGGAAAAAUUCCACUUGGCUUUGAUCAAGUUCAACCAGGCGUAUUACACAGGUGGUGAAAAUUAUGAUUUGUUGAACAUCAGAUCAAGAACACUGCUUAAACUUGGAGUCCUUGAAAAUGCUCUUUCGGAUGCUGUCCGCGUGGUGGAAAUGAAACCUAAAUGGUCUAAAGGUCAUUUUACACGUGGAAUGGUGUUAUUUUCUCUAGGGAAGUAUCAAGAAGCGUUGUUAGAAUUUUCGUUGAGCGCAGUGCUCGGUGAAAACCAGCAAAAGUUGAAGCCAAAAAUAAAUGAGGUGCUACAGAGGUUACUAAUAAUGUAUUGUAAGGAGACUGAAGUUCUAGAUUUAGAAAGAUGGAAUCCUAUUUCCCACGAUUAUUUAAGAUCGUACUUGAAUACGUUCAUCAACGGUUCAAACUUAUUUGAAAACAAUACCAACUCCUUAAUAGUGAAACCUGUUGAACACGAUAAUAACUUCUUCACGAAAUCGUCAUGCGAAGUCAGCAAAAUAACUGAACUGGUUCGACAAAUUUUAUCUGAAAUUAUGCAUAUUAAACAUUACACUUCGAAUGUUGAAAACGACGAUUGCGUUCUGAAAGUCGACAACUCGUUGCUGGACGAAUCGGACUUCAACUGCGUGCUCUGUUGCGGGAUUUUCAGGGACCCGGUGACGACGCCCUGCGGACAUACGUACUGCAUGGACUGUUUGGAACACAGUUUCGAUUACAGUUUUCAUUGCCCUCUGUGUUUCACGUCAUUACCACCCAGCUUGGCGCUGAGCAAGAAGAACACCGUCGAGUUCGUCGACGAACUGCUCCGUUCGAAGUACUCCAAAAGCUUUCUGACGCGGACGAUGAGCUUGAGACCGGGACCGGAGCACGACAACACGUACCUGCCGGUGUUCGUGUGCACCAACGCGUUCCCAUCGGUGUCCUGUCCACUCCACGUGUUCGAGCCCCGAUACCGGCUGAUGAUCAGGCGAUGCAUCGAGUCGGGCAUGCGGAGAUUCGCCAUGGUCAGCCAUUCCUGCCUCCCCAUGAAGUUUGCCGAGUACGGCACCGUGUUGGAAAUCAAGGAUCGCAUUAUGAUGGGCAACGGUUGUUCGUUCCUGUCCACCGUCGGUACUCAGAGGUUCAAAGUGUUGGUCACGGAGGAACAGGACGGUUACGACAUGGCGAAAGUGCAGUACAUACAGGACGAAAAAGUCCCUCCGAAAAAAUUAUCAGAGAUAAGGAAACUCCACGACAACGUCCGGCAGAGGGGCUUAUCGUGGUUCAACGAGUUUCGGUCGGAAAUAAAAUCUGAAAUUCUAAGGACAGUUGGCUUCCCACCUGCCACAGAACUGAACUGGGAACAACUAGCCGACGGUCCAGCGUGGACGUGGUGGCUGUUAUCACUACUGCCUCUUGGACAAUCCGCACACGUGAACCUCAUAGCAAACACCAGCAUAGAAGUUCGGCUGAAAGUGAUCAACAAAAUGCUUAGCCACAUCGAACGAUGCUCAUUAUCUCGAAGAAUCACUUAGUCACCGCGACCGCCGUCGCACUAAUAAUAAUAAUAAUAAUAAUAAUAAUUUUAAUCUUAUUUAUAAUUAAUAAUUUAACGGUUGGACUAAUUAUAUGUUACAAUGCAUUAUUACAUCGUGUAUGAUUUUAAUUUAUAAACAGUCCGUCGCGGUUUGCGCAAGUUUCUAUUGAACAUCAUCUCGUAUAAUAUUUCAAUAUUAUAUAUCAUACAUUAUUAUUAUUAUAAUUAUUACUAUUAUUAUUAUUAUCGAAGAAUAUUUUGUGAUCUCCGCAUCUGGUCAAUUCAGUCGAUGAUAAAUUAUAUGUACUCUAGGAUAUCGAAAAAUGUUCGCUUAAUUUUAACAUAACUAUUAAUAAUAGUCUAUUAUACGCGCUCAGGCCUCUGGAAUCGGACGAACCAGCUGCUAUUAUAAUACCGGAUUAUUUUAAAUUCAAUACUUAAUUUAAGUGUUUAAGAUUAAAGGACACAUUCUACGUUUCAAUUUUUUUCCAACUUUAAGUCAUUCUUGGAACGUUUUUGAAGUUACGGAUAAUUUUCACAUUUCGACUAUACCGGAUUCUUGUGAUAUGUUAACGAAUUUAAAAUUUCCUAUAAAAAGCCUUUAGUAGUUAUAAUCAUUGUGAUAUUGGAAUUAAUUGUUUUUUUUUUUUUUUUUACAAAUAUUUUAUUUUCCAAUAUGUUUUACGUUUAUCUCCCUUUGAGGACGCAGGUACUAAAAAAAUAAUUCUUUAAUAUUGUAAUAUUUUUUUUUCUACCUAUAUACUUUGUUAGACAAAUUAUAUUAUUUUUGAAAAAUUAUUUUUUUCUUAUGUCUUAAAUGUUAAGCAUAUUAUUCAGAUUGUUUUUAUUACCAUUAUCUAUCAUACAGACUUAAUAUGUUACUAAUAUAAUACUGAAAACAAGUACUAAUCGCCUCCUGCGUUCCCAUUAUAAAUCAACACUAGUCUCAUAAUACAUUAAUUUUCGAUAAAAUUGUAAACCAUAAUCCUCUUUUUACAUUUAUUUUGUUUUUUACUGUUAAU